UCGAAACGGUCAGAAGCCUCUCGGACGGCGAACAGUGCGGUCGUUUGCUUAUGUGACAUUUGAGUCGAAAGGAUAUUGAAGUUGAAUUUUUGAAGUGUGUUUAAACUGUUGGUUGAUAGACUUUUUUUCUUGAGGAAGAUUGCAGAUGUUUGCCGAAGAAGAAAGACGGUGAUGAUUGCAUAAGAAGUGCACAACGAAGAGACUGAACGGAUUUCCAGGAAUUUUGGCUGGUUCAGUGGAAGGGCAAAAAGUGCUUGGUUUUAGGGGUGGGAACAGAUUGGAUUUUUUGGACGGUUCUUUUCGAAGAAGGUGUCGCCAGCUAAUACAAGGAAAAGCGGUGAUAACGGUAUUGUGUUGGUGUUGUUAUUGAGUGCUCGAUAACGGGACUUUCUAACUGUGCAAAACAAUGGCUCACAAAGUGGAUCUAGUGUGCAAGGAGAUCAUCUACGAUGAAGUGGACAGUCAGUUUGCCGAACCGGACCCGACGAUGGUCGCCGACGAUCGGGUCAUUCAGAACUUGAUCGGCCUGGAGCGGUUGACGAUACCGUCAUGCAACUACUUCGGCUCGGUACAGCAAGAUAUCAAGCCGAACAUGCGGAAGAUCGUGACCACUUGGAUGCUGGAGGUAUGCGACGAACAAAAGUGCGAGGAGCAGACCUUCCCGUUGGCGGUUAACUUCUUCGAUCGGUUUCUCUGCGCUUGCCCGAUCGAUCGCUACCACCUGCAACUGCUCGGAUGCUGCGCUCUGCUGUUGGCCUCCAAAAUCCGCCAGUGCCAUCCGCUGACGGUGGACGUGCUGAGUGCCUACACCGACCAUGCCGUCUCACCGGAUCAGAUCAGGAGUUGGGAGCUACUGAUGAUCAGCAAGCUGGAGUGGAACAUCACCGCCGUGACGGCCUUCGACUACGUCGACCAGAUCCUGGAACGCGUCAACUGGGGAUCGGACGACUCGCGGCUACGGGAACACGCGCACACCCUGAUCCACGUUUGCAGUACCGAAACCAUUUUCAUGCAGCUCGAACCAUCCCUCCUGGCGGCGGCUUGCAUAUCCUCGGCCAGCCGAGGGUUGAACGUUUCCACCAAGAUGGCCACCGGGUACGAUCUGUGCCGGCUUACGUCGCACGAUCUCGUCAAAGUCGACUUUAUCGUGAAAAUCAUCGAGGAAAUCGUCGCCAAGGAGAUUGCCGAUAAACAACUCCAGCAGCAACAGCAGCAGAUGGGCGCCAGCGGGGGCAGCUGCAAGGAACAGUACCAGCAAGUGCCCCAGAAAGUCAGCCCGGCAGGCGCCUCCGUCGAGCAGGCGUCGGUCCAACAGCAGCCCGAAACGCCUACUGAUGUGCAGUUUAUCUACUUCUGACUCGAGCAGAUCGUGGUCGAGGGCGGAUGGGCAGUUGUUGAGUAUUCACUGCAUUUAUGCUGACGGAGGGGGAGCGAUCUAUUAUUCUCUUGUUUUGAGAUAUUUAUCUGCCAAAUUUAAGCAUGUUAAUAAGAAAGCUAAAGAUUUUUUCAAAGAAAUGGGAAUGCAGGCGCUAUUCGUCAUUUGUCGUUACGAUAUACGGGCGGUUGGGUUUUAUUUUUUUGGUUUGGCUGUAAUCAUCCAUCAUACGCAGAAAGUACCCCUACUUCCCAAUCCAUUUCGCAGUGACGUCUUGUAAGUGUCAUUUUUGACAAACCAAAAUUUCAUAUACAUUUUUUGUAAAUAUUUACAUUGCAAAAAAUCGCUAGUUAAUUUUCUCAAACACAAAAAAAAAACUUUUUGAUCAGUUCAAAAGCAAAAAAAAAUAUGGUGCGAAAAUAGUUUAUCUACUGUUUAUACUGUUCUAUUUUCCUUUUUUCUUAGUUUAAACAUUCUUUUUCCAUUGGAUCUUGUAGAUUCUAUACUGUUUAUUCUCUCUUUAAAAAAACAAGUGUUCACCUUUUCCGAUUUUGGCAACGAGAUUUAAACCUUAGCGUGUAAUGUUUACCGUAAGCGUAUGAUUUACCCUUUAUAUACACCCUGAAAAGUUUGUUAAAUUAUUUAUUUAUAUUUACCACCUAGAACGGUGCCCUCUCCUGCGAGCCAGGAGCCAGGGCCUUGCAAAUUUUCCUCAAAUUCCAUUUUUUUUUUCCCCGUUGUACCUAAGAUCAGUCGUUUAAGGUUAGUGUUCGAGCGUAGAAGUAAGAGAGUGUUAAACUGCCAAAGAUUUAUCUAGGAGAAAACCAACCAACGAUCAACCACCGAAAAGCGAAAUCAGCCUGCCAUAUAAGACUUUUUUGUUUUGCUCAUCAUUCACAACCUAAAUUUAACAUUCGAAUAUCGAUCUCAUUGAAGUUAGGACGGACGAUUGUACAGGAGAGCGCGAGCGACAUGCCAGUUCUAUCAUAAGUGCUAUUCAGGGCCGAAAGAUUAAGACUGUAAAUAUAGAUUCGAAAUUCCGAAACCGAAAGGAGAGAAACAGUUGCCUGCAUUUUGAAACUUACAAGUGCUACUUAAAAAAAUUAAGACGAAUGCAAAUUAUACGAGGAAAAAAACGAGAUUUGUUAAGGGAAGUUAGGGAAACGGAUUUCCAAGACAGAUUUCUAUUCUUUUUUUUUUUCGUUGGCAUUUGUUCUCUAUUAAUUGUUAAUCUAGUCUUAAUUAAGAGAAAUUUAUACUAAUUUAUACAAAGCCAGAAAACCAGAUGAAAAGAUGAGAGAAAAUCGGUUGAAAUUGAAAUAAAGAUUUUUUUUUUGCUGCCGGAAAUGUUUGAUUUUUGUUUUCGUAAGUUAUAUUGGAACGGUCGGUAGGACAAAUUUCGAUGUUGAUCGCGAAGUUUCUCACUAUAUACUCAUGUGAAUGUACAUAUUUUUUGUGUCGUCGGAAGAAUCGUUUGAUGUUUUGUCAACGUUUUUAUAGAUUUAAAUAAAAAUCGUAAAUAAAGAAAGCUAAAAAUCA